GCCAUCACUGCAUGCUUAGGAUGCAGUAAGCUCCACCCAGUUUGCCGCAGUCCCCAGCACUCCCACAGUGUGGAUGUGGGCACACACAGCUGGUAUUAUAGGACUUGGGGACCCGGCUGGCUCCUGGAGGGGCUCUGUGACUUCAGGUAUAUGAACACCAAUCUCGAGGGUAAUUUUUGUCCCAUCUGUGUUUCUAAUUUAACAAAAUUAUCUCCAUCUUACAAGAAAGAGGGUCAGAGGGGUAUCAUGAACCCAAUAGCUACUGGGCUGAGAUUCAAACCCAGGCCUGCCUGGAAACCUGGGCUUUUUAAUUCUCAGCCAGACUCUGUCUCACUGCCUCGCUUCCCACCCUUUCGUCCAGAACACCUCUCCCUCAGAGUGUCCCCUGCGUACUUUGCCUGAAGGACACUGUAACUUCCUUGUUACCUCACAGCUCAGUCACAAUUGGGCUGAGAGCAGAGCAUGGCCCAGCCUGCCAGGUCCCUUGGGGCAGCCCUGCCAGGCCAGCCCAGGCUGGCCCAGCUUAGGCACACAUGCACCAUGAGGUACCCUUUGAUGCCGCUGGUGAACGACCUCACAUUUUCUUUCCUGGUUUUCUGGUUCUGCCUCCCUGUGGGUUUGCUGUUCUUACUGAUCGUCUGGCUACGCUUCUUACUUAGCCAAGGUCAUGUAUCAGAAAGGAUCUGGCUUCUUUGGGAGGCAGGCUCAUGGAAGCCAACUGACAUUCACCCUGACCUCAGCAUGGGAGCAAGAGGAGCAAGAGAUUCAGAGGAAAAUGACUCCGAUGUAUGCUUCGAUUGGGAGCCCUGGAGCAAAGGCCCGGCCGAGUUUUGCUGGAAGGGGACACUCCACGGCCAAGAGAAGGAGAGGCCCUGCUGUCCCAACCUUCCUUUUGUUUCUAGUUUGGUUUUCCUGGAGUCAGCAGGGCAGUGGUAAUGGCGGAAGUGGAUGGGAGAGGCUUGCCAGGGAGGCAAGAGGACUUUGGCAACUGUGGUGCCUCCUUGGAACCCACAACUCAUCUCCUCUUCAGACCGACAUGCGAAAGCCUCCAGAGGACCCAGCCCUUCUCCAGCAUCGCAGAUGACCUCCAGCCCUCCAGGGAGCCGCCCAAGUCUGGGAGGGCAUGGGAGCAGUAAACCGGCCCACUGGGAGAAAUUGGCCAAUUUAAUUCAGAGGGGUCUUAAAGCAGGGCUGGGCCGGAGGGUGUGGGUCCAUAUUAAAGAAGCGAGGGGCUUCCCAUGCCCGGGGGAACCCUAACAAACCUACCAGGCCUGACCAAGUCAUUCAUUCAACCAGCGUAGGUCCGAGACUCAGCCCUGGCCCCGAUGCAAGUCAUCUAGAACCCUCUUGGGAAAGCCCAACCCUUUUCUCCAUCUGUUCAAUGGGGAUGGGGGGCUUGCUCUGAACUUCCAUUCUCUGAUUUCCAACUCACUCCUUGAUCGGACUUCAGGCUGAUCUUAAUAACAAAUAUUUGAUAAAUA